AUGUCCGGUUUGUCUUUAGACCAUCAGGCCUUGGCCGCCAAGUUUUUACUUCCAGCCAUUAGCCUGGUGAGCACGCCCAGUCACUACAUAGGCCUGAGCACCAUCACGAGGGAACUGGUCCAAAGAGGACAUGACGUUACACUUCUCCUACUCGACAGGCGUGGCACCCAAGGUAUGUUGGGCAACUCGUACACCGACAACGUCACGUACCCGAACUCGAUGAGCGACGCGGAGCUCGACGAAGUCCGCUACGAGAUGUCCACGGUGAUGACGAGUUUCGGGAGCAUGACCCUCAUGGAAAAGUUCCAGAAGAUGUCACACCUAAACCGUAUCAGGUUGCACGGUUGCUUCGAGCUCUUCGCCGAUGCGCCAACCUUAUCUCGGCUAAAAGACAUGAACUUCGAUAUGAUAUUAACGUCUCCGAUCUUGGACACCUGCGAUACCCUCCUGGCAGUUUAUCUUGAUGUCCCUUUCACGGUUAUCACGGGAACCCGAAGAACUCCGGCUUUUAACGAAGACCUCUUUGGGAUCCCCAUGUCCUCUGCCCUGGUGCCUUUCAGUCUGUUCAAACAUCUACCACACAACAUGACAUUCGCGCAGCGCGUCCAAAACUUCGUCAAUCGUUACGUCAUGCACACACUCCUGGAGUAUGUUAUUAUUACUCAACCAAUCAGACAGCUGCAGACGACGUAUGGGAUUCGAGAAGAUCUCAGCCCGAAGGAAGUGGCGGCAAGUGCAGCACUAUGGCUGUGUCAAACUACCUUCGCCCUCGACGCCGCCAGACCCAUUGCCCCAAACUGGAUACCAAUAGCUGGAUUCGUGAUUCCACCUGUUCAACCAUUGACACAAGAUUUAUUGAACUUCAUAGAUGGAGCAGGAGAGCACGGAUUCAUCUUGUUUACUUUGGUGUGA